AUGACUUCGUCAUUCCCUCCUAAUUCCACCCUCAGCCCAUCAUUCCCCUCAGAGCUCCACUGCCCUCUUCUGCAAACAAUGAGCUCUCACACCUUAAACAAAGACACUGGCGUGAACUUGGGAGUGGUGAGUGUCCACGGUGUAGUAUCCACUCUGGGUGUCCUGGAAAAUGGACUGGUGCUGUGGGUGCUUGGUUUCCGUCUUCGUCGCAGGACAGUUGCUGCAGUAUGGGUCCUCAAUCUGGCGUUGUCGGACUUCCUAACCACGCUAACCUUGCCGCUUUUCACUCAUUACCUAUUGAUGAACCACAGCUGGGAGUUGGGUGGCGCUUUGUGUGCAGCCCAGGCCUCCAUUUUUUUCCUCAACAUGUUUGUUUCUGCCUUCCUACUGGCUGUGAUAUCAUUGGACCGUUGUUUGAUCGUGACGAAGCCGGUUUGGACUCAGAACCAUCGUACUGUGUCGGCAGCGUGGAAGAUCUGCGGUCUAGGAUGGGCUUGGGCGGCAGUAAACUCACUUCCGUAUUUCAUGUUCCGUUCCGUUGUGGAAAAGAAGGAUGGCCGCAAACUCUGCUAUCACAAUUUUGCACUCUAUUCCUCCUCAAACACACUGCACAGAGACUGUAAGGUGCGUCAGGCAGCGACGGCAGUGUCCAAAGUCUUGCUGGCAUUUGUCGUACCUCUGAUUGUCAUCGCCAUCAGUUACACUUCCAUUUUUCUUGAACUGCGAGCUCGCAGAAAGAGGCUUGAGAGUCGACGGCAGGGUGCGAGCAAUGGCAAACUGAGAUCCUUGAAAUUCUUCCGCAUCCUGUCUUCAUCAGGCAGAGAAAACAGUGUUCGGCUCUCGGGAAGUUUCAUGAAGAUGGUCGUCUCAGUGAUCACAACCUUUAUUCUCUGCUGGGUGCCCUACCACGUCUUCUGUUUGCUGGAGGUGACGGCUCAGUACAAGACAGAGAUUGUGGAGCUUGUAGAGGUGUACUUACCUGUGGCGACAACAUUCGCCUUCCUGAACCCUGUAUUGAACCCAAUUAUCUACGCUUUUAGCUGUCCAAACUUCUGCACUCGAAUCCGCCAAAGUUUGGGGGCUCUUUUCGAGGGGCUGGUGGAGGAAGCUGGACCCAUAGUAUGGGUUACAGAAAGGAUUAGGAAGAAAGACUCAUUGUUCCCCUCUUCACCCAGCUCUCCCACCCCCACCAAUGUCACUCGUGUCCAGGGCUCCAUCAACCUCUUUGGCUUUAAAAACUGCCCAACAAAUGAGGGAGAGAGGGAAGACAAAAUGUGACUUUAUGAUGUGGAAUAUCCUGGAAUUGACGACUAAUGUUUCUGAGUGAACUACAGUCUACCAACUAGAUGUCAUAAUCAUGGGAUGGCCUUUUGAGCUUUUAUCUUUUCUGCAUCUCUUUGCUACACUGGGUUUGAUUUAAGAUAUAGUCAUUCUGGAUUACCUCUGAGGUUGUUGUGAUUUUGAGAAUAUUAAAGAGAGUGUGUCCCUGCCACUGGUAAACACAAAUGAACUCAAAACCAAAGCCCCUCAAACACACACAAGUCAACAUGACCCAUAUUCCUGUUUCUGUUCUCUCACAUUGUUCAGAUUAAUAAUGACUACAUACAUAUAUA